AUGUUUACGAAAGUGUUUAUUACAAUACUUUUAUUAUUUUAUUUUUGCGAUGUGAUCGAUAGCAAAUACGUAAAAAAUAUUAAAUUAAAUAAUAAAAGGAAAAAAAUUUUUGAGUUGGAUGGCAAUCUCGACUAUGAAGUUGUUCUUUUACCUAUUUUUAAUGAAAAUAGUUUCGAAUCCGAAGAAGUUUUAUUUAAAUUGGAGGUUUUUGGGCGUGUAUUAAAUUUAAAAUUAGUAAAAAACAAUUUAAUUUCUCAAAAUUUUAAAUCUUACAUUCAAGAUGGAAACAAUUCCUUUCCUUUACCACCUCUAAAUAAAUCUUGUUUAUUAAUGGGUAGCAAAAAUGAAAUUGCAGCUUCAAUAUUUUAUUGUAAACCCAAAUCUUUUAGUGGAUUUAUUUUUUUAGAUGAUAUAACUUUAGAAAUAUCACCAAUCUCAAGCGAAUCUAACGAAAUUUUAACCGAAACCAACCAAAAUUCAAAAGAUAUACCCCAUGUAAUUCGCAAACAUUCCCAUUUUAACAAAAACAAAUUAUUUCAACAAAGCGCUUUAACAAACGAAAUAACCGAAACCUUUACUUUAGAGGUAUCGAUAUUUUUCGACGAAUUUGCUUACAAUAUUUUCGCCCCUUAUCUUUCUUACGACGACGCAAAAAUUCGCGAUAUGUUAUUAGCUUAUCUAAAUGGAGUUCAAGCCCUUUAUCAUCACCCCUCCCUUAAAGGUUAUGUUGAUAUCGUUAUCGUAAGACUUGAUAUUUUGAAAACGCAACCUGAAAAUUUACCAAUUUAUAACGGUGAAAGUGGGUCACUUUUAAAAUCGUUUUGUUCUUAUCAAAAAGAAUUAAACGUUAAUGACGAUUCCAAUCCGAAUCAUUGGGAUAUGGGCUUGUAUAUUUCAGGAUUGGAUUUUUUCACUUACGAUAAUAAAGGUUAUAAGGAUUAUGGGAUUAUGGGGUUAUCUACGGUUGGUGGGGUUUGUUAUGAAAAAUUUUCUUGUGUGAUAGCGGAAUUUGGAAGUACAGACGCUUUUGGGAAACCUUAUCCAACGGCUGGAUUUGGGAGUGUUUAUAUUUUAGCGCAUGAAAUUGGGCACAACUUAGGGAUGCACCAUGAUGGUACGAAAAAUACUUGUUUACCAAAUGGGUUUAUAAUGUCAGCAUCGCGGGGUACCUCUGGAGAAACUCAGUGGUCUUCUUGUAGCGCUGAUGUGAUGGAAAAAUUAAAAAAAAAGAAAUGUCUUCAAGAUGUUGGUUUAACUACAUUUGAUCAUUCAAAAUUUUUUGAAACACCCGGUAGAUUAUAUUCCCCUAAAAAACAAUGCGAAUUAUUUUUAUCCAACGAAAAAUCAUACGCAGUUGAAGAUCAAAGCGAAAUUUGCCAAACAUUAAAAUGUACUCUUCCAGGUAAAGCGGAAAUUUAUUCUUCAGGACCACCAUUAGAUGGCACAAAGUGUGACGAAAAUAAACAAUGUUAUGCUGGAGAAUGCAUAAAAUCUACGAAUAAUUAUCCUAAUACAAGAACAAAAAUUUGGAAUAUUAAAGAAUGUGAAUCGGGUUGUAUAACAAAUUCAAUGGGGUAUCAAAUUAACAAAGGAGAUUCGAGAUUAUGUGACGAUGUAGAUAUUUGCCCCAAAAGAAUUUCUAUUACAGAUUACGCCUCGAAAAAAUGUAAAUAUUUUUCUCGAAUUUUAACGGAAAUAGACUCAAAAGGCAAUGGUUUGCAACGAUCUCACAAUUUAGAUUCCCCAUCGUUAGCUUGCACAAUUUUCUGUCGAAACAAAAAUGGUACUUUUAACAUUCCAAAAAUACAACUAAAUAAAAUGGAAAGUGUGCCUCAUUUUCCAGAUGGAACAUGGUGUCAUCGAGAAAAUUCAAUCGAUUUUUAUUGCAUCAAUAAUAUGUGUUUAUCAGAAAUAAAUUUUAAUCGAGACAAUGAAAAUGGAUUGGAUCAAAACGAAAUAAUUAGCGGAAAAUUAAAGGAAUCAAUUCCAUUUCUUAAUCCAAUCAAAAAAUAUUCUUAUAACGAAGAAUAUCUUAUAGAUUAUCUUUUAUUACCAAAUUAAAUAUAAAACUUUUUUUACUUUA